UUGUGUAAGAUGGCCGCUGCACGCUGAUCCCGCCCCGCCCGGAGCCAUGAAGCGCCAGAGCGAGCGCGGGGAGUCCAGCCCUGGCAGAGCCAAGAGAGCCCGUGAACGGCGUGAGGCGCGGCGGGAGCGGCCUAGUCAGUCCUCGUCCUCCUCUUCUUCCUCCCGCCGCCCCAGGCCGCUACUCCUGCCUUCCUCCCCCGAACCUCCGGGCCUGGAGUACAAGACGCUGCUGGUCAGUAAUCUGAGUUCGGCUCUGCCGGACGCUCUGCUAGAGGACGGGCUGUUCCGCCACUUCCAGCGCUUCGGGGAUAUUAGCGUGAAACUUUCCCACACCCCUGAGCUGGGCCGCGUGGCCUACAUCAACUUCCGCCGGCCCGCCGAAGCUCGCCAGGCCCGCCACGCUAAGCUGCGCCCACUGCUCUAUGACAGACCGCUGCGUAUAGAGCCAGUGUUCACCCAGCAACCGGCUCGUCGCCCCGAGACCACACCUCUGGCACUGAGCACGUUGCCCGGCUACCCAAGGUCUCCGUCCCCCAGGCAUGUUCUGCUACCACCCUCCAUCAGUUCUGGAGAUGGCUACUACAACUUAUUUGAGGAGAGGAGCCGGGGGACAACAUAUGGCACAAGUAGCAAGGAAGAGGAACAGUUGGCACCAGAGGACGACCACCGGGCAACUCGCAAUCUCUUCAUAGGCAACCUGGACCAUGCAGUCUCCGAAAUUGACUUGAGACGGGCAUUUGACAAGUAUGGACCCAUAGAGGAAGUAGUGAUGAAGCGACCAGCAAGGGGUCAAGGGGCAGCAUAUGCUUUUUUGAAAUUUCAGAACUUGGAUAUGGCACACAGAGCCAAAUUGGGCAUGAGUGGUAGGCUUCUGGGACGUAACGCCAUAAAAAUAGGCUAUGGAAAGCCAAACCCCAGCACCAGACUGUGGGUGGGUGGGUUGGGUCCCAGUACUUCAUUGGCAGCACUAGCACGAGAGUUUGACAGAUUUGGAAGUAUCCGUACAGUGGAUUAUGUUAAAGGAGACAGCUUUGCAUACAUACAGUAUGAGAGCUUGGAUGCAGCGCAGGCUGCCUGCACACAGAUGAGGGGCUUUCCUCUUGGGGACCGUAGGCUAAGGGUGGACUUUGCAAAAGUGACGCCAGAAGAAGCUGCUGCAGCUGCGUCACGCUAUGCUCCUUUGCAGACUACUCCAUACCCUCUGCCCCUACCCUAUGAGCUUCUGCAAUCUGAGGUGUAUGGCCGCCAUAGAGCAGCACUGGAACCGGACCUAAGGGUCAGAGAUAGGACACCCCCACACCUGUUGUACUCAGAUAGGGAGAAACCCUUUGUAGAAGCUGGGUGGCUAAAUUCUGAGAGACGGAGUGCUGGGCAGCGGGUGAGAAGCAGAAGUGGGGACCGUGGUGGGGGUGGAGGGAGCAGCUCUAAGACACGAGAGGAGAGGCGGAGAAGGCGUAGUUUGUCUGGGGAUAGGGGGAGAAGCAGAGCAGAAAGGAGCCCUGAUCGCCCUAGGAGGCAGUCCCCAGAUAGAGACCCUGGCACUCCACCUACGCCUCAACACAACCACCGAGCCCCAUCUCAGGAUAAACCCCGACCGCCUACCCCUGAUCCACCACAGCCCCGCAGGAAUCACCACCCCAGACCCCCAGAACCUCCCGCAGAUAGACAGUCCCCAGUAGGAGAGAAAGGAAGGACGCUGCCGCCUACCUGGUGUGGGCACCUGGUACUAAAGAACAGCUGCUUCCCCACAUACUUGCACUUCCUAGAGGGUGACCGUGAUAUACCAGCCGCCCUUCUCAGAGACCGCACUGUACCUGGUGGGGGGAACUUAUCACAGCUUAAGAUUGCUCAGAGGCUCAGACUAGACCAACCCAAGCUAGAGGAGGUAACCCGUCGGGUGAGGGCUGGUAACAGUGGGGGUUAUGCUGUGCUUCUUGCCGUCCAAGCACCACAGACUGAAGGAUUAUUACCAGGAGAACCUGGUCUACAGAAACGCUUGCUAAGGAACCUGGUAUCCUACCUAAAACAAAAGCAAGCGGCUGGUGUCAUCAGUUUGCCUGUGGGAGGGGGCACCAAAGGAAGAGACCCCAGUGGCAUGCUGUAUGCAUUCCCACCAUGUGACUUUCACCAAUUAUACCAGCAGCUUGCCCAGCGUACUGUGGGAAAGUUGGAAGAACACAUGAUUAUUGUGCUGGUGAAAGAUGGCGCUUAAUCUAGGUUUAACUGCGCCCAAUAAUGCCCUCAGACUGUCAUGCCCAUUUUGUCCUCUCUCUGUUAUGGUUUUCAUCUAUGGGGAGGGAUGGGUAACCCACUGUAUCCUGGAAAUGCCUAUAACAAGCUCUUCAGUGCAUUGAAGGCCUAUUCAGCAUGCAGUGGGUUAAAGGUAACAUAGCAACACUUAAUAUUUCUAAUGUCACUGGUAGUAAUUAUAGCCCUUAAAUAGUAAAGUCCUAUCCUGGCUUCUAGUAUCUGAGUUGAGUGACUGAUAUAUAAUUAGCUGAAUUUCCCCAAUAACUUUGCUGCCAGACAGAUGUGUUUUAUUAUUUUACCCUUAUUUCUGCUCCCUUUUGCAGAGACCCUAAUGUCAUUGUGUUUUUGGGUGGGUGAUGGUGGUGUUUGAAGAGGGGGUGUUGUUGUGUUUUUAGGUUUGGGUGCCUGUGUUGUUCUGGAGUCUUCAUUAGUGGAAGGGUCCCCAGAGUGCCUUAUGUCCAUGUGACUUUAAAGCUAUGUGCUGUCACUGUACGUUGUCAUUGUGUGUCCCCCUGGUGGCUGCAUAUGGAGGGGGCAGGGAUGUGCUUAGCAGAACCCUAGGGUCUGAUUAGUAGUGUGCAAGCUCCCUGUUUUUAACCAGAUGCAACCUCUAGGGAUCCACCCCAGCUCGUUAUUUCUACUUAAUUAAGUUUUAUUUGUGCUUUGAAUGAGGGGAUUGUUAUUACCACUCCCUGAAAGCUAGAAUGUUCUUGUAGGUAGUGAGACAGAGUACCUGCUUCCCUGUCUGUAGGCAACAAAGAGAUCCUAAUGUGACAUUGGCAAUGUUUAUAUUUGAAUUGUAUACUAGCGGAGUAAGGUUGACUUUAGGGCAAUAUUUGCAUAUAGAUACAUUGUAGGUUUCAUACAAAUAUCUGACUUCCUGGCCUGUGUAGUCACUUGGAGCUGUUGCCUGAUGGUUCCUUUCCUAUUAGAAUGGUUAAUUCAUUAAGUGGACAUUGUACUCAUUUUUCCCUUUUUGUAAAAUACAUUUCAGAAUGUAUUAAUGUUUUGAAGUAUUUAGGCCUCUUUCUUAUAAAUUAACCUCUUAAGGACAUGACAGAAUUUUUCAGUCAUAAAACAAUUGAGCAAACUGAAAGCUGUGUCCUUAAAGGGUUAACGCACAUAGCUGUGUAAAGUCUCUCCCAACCAAUAAACUACAAAUAUAUAUAUAUAUAUUUUUUUUUUUCUUCCAAGUUUCAAUUGAAACCCAGCUUUGUCUCACUUUCAUGCAAGAAUAUUUUCCAGCAUUUUUAAUUGCAAAUCUUUUAUAAAUGUGCUAAUUUGAGUACAAUGUUCAUUUAACCAGUUGACCAUCACAAAAGUUAAGCAAUGCCUGCAGCUGUAUUGUCCUAUGGGUCCCUCUGCUAUGUAGAAAAUACAAUUUCACAUCAGGAUCCCUUUACCACUCCCAGAAGGGUCAUGCUGUAUUUGAAACUGCUUAUAUCCUUUUGUAUGCAGGCAUGUAUAAUGCUCAAACUCUACCUGUUGGUCACACAUCUAUAUAGAAAUGUAAUAGUUAUUCAGAAAAGCAGAUCUAUAAAGUGCAUACCCUUUCA